AUGGAGAAAUCAGAAUCAAAGUAAGCCAUCGACUAUAGAACAAUAUUUGCUGGCGAUGACACAGGAUUGCUUAAGAAACUUAAGAUGAGUCUAAGAAUAGAAAAAGAUGUGAUUGUCGAGCCUAGCAAAAAGAGAAACAGAAAGAAGAGAACUCUAGAUGAAAUGCUAGCUGGUGAGGAGGAAAACAACCCCAAGCAAGAUGCCAUAGUAUUUGAAGAUAAUGGAGUAAUAAGGGAUAAAGCAGAGGCUAACCUAAAGUAAUUGGAUAAAUUUGGAAAACAAGAAAAGGAUGAAGGAAUUCAGUUCUUAUAGUGGUCGCUAGGAUAAGAUAAUAAUGACUAUGUAAGCUAUCUAAGAGGAAAGAGCAAUGUAGUAGAGGUUUUUGACACUCAAACAGAUAAUGUUUUUAUUCAGAAAUCAUUUAAAGAGGAACUAGGAAUUAUCAAGGGUAUUGCCUCACUAGGAGAUAAUAUCUUCAAUUUGAAGCAUGCUAUAAUUGAUGAGAAAGGUAAAAUGAUAGUAUCAAAGAUGGAAAAACUAUAGGAAUAAAAAGAGAAGUCAAAGAAGUCAUCAAAGAAGCUAGAUAAGUAACAAGGUUCCAAUAAAUCGGAAGAUUUCACAGUUGAUGUUAAAAGUGAGAAAGUGCAUUUCAUGGUAUAAAGUCCAUUUCAAAGAAAUCAAGUAGCUAUUGGUUCUAAGGAUGCCUUACUUCAGAUUUGGGAUGUCUCUUAGUAAAAUAAUAAGCCAGUUUGGAAUGCAAGAAAUUUACCUAACGAUGAACUUGAUCUAUAAAUUCCAAUUUGGGAUACUGAUCUCUCAUAUCUCGGCAGUAAUCAUAACUUUGUUGUAUGUACUGCCUACGGAGAUGUCCGUGAAUAUGACACCAGAGAGGGUAGACGUAGACCAGUCGUAAAUACUAGAUUCCUACCUAAAGGUCAAGAUGAUCUAUAUCUUAGCAAGAUUCUUUAGAGUAAGAAAUAUGAUAAUCAUGUCUAUGUGGCAAACUAAGAGGGACAUAUCUGUGUGCUUGAUAGAAAAAUGAAUUACAAAAUGAUUAAGAAACUUGUCGGAAAUAAAGGCUCGAUUAGAAGCUUGACUAGUUAUGUGAGCACUGUAGAUAAUUGCGAAUAUGUGUUGAGUGCAGGUUGUGACAGACAUGUGAGAGUUUUCAAUGCUCAAAGUGAAUUAUAGAAAACGACUGAGCUUACACAUGCUUAUCUAAAGCAAAAGCUCAACUGUGUACUGAUCAGCAAUAAUCAAAAGAUUUGA